AUGCCGACUGUAUGGUUGAUGUGCAGACAGUGCAGUCAAGCGAGUGUCCGUGUCUGACUGUCUGUGUAGGGUGAAGGUCUCUCUCUGUGUUCUGUGACCGUGCUGUUAUGUUUGCUAUGUAGCCCCUGGGAGUUAUUGUUGUGUGUUCCUUUUGAGUCACCGUAGAUGUCCUACGGGGGCCACCGUACCUUGGCUAAACAGUUAUUGUUAUGCUAGCUCACGAAUGUGAGGAUGUUAGAGUUGUAGCUAAUAAACCCGAGCCGUUCAUAAAUAACUAAGUCUUGUUCUUCCUGCAUAACAUUGGUGAUGAUAACACAUGCAGUUUGUUUGCCUGUGGAGAGGUUGUUGUCAUCUCUGUUGUGGCUUUUUAAGGGUCAGCCGGCUGAGGGAAGCUGAGUGAAGUUCAAGCUACAGCGAUCGUCUCAGUUGUGGUUAUGGAAACUCUUUGCGCUUUGUGACCGUAUGGAAGAAGUGUAGUGUGGUCAGCCCUGUAGUGUGGGUCAGCCCUGUAGUGUGGGUCAGCCCUGUAGUGUAGUCAGCCCUGUAGAGGAGGGGAGAGGGAGGGGGACAGAGAGAGGAGAGCGUCUCAGGGCUGACUCUAUAAUUAGAGAGAUGACUUCUCUGUUUGGUCAGGGGGAGAGGACACCACUCACUCCUCUCAACCCACUGGCAUUGUUCAAUUGUCACUGAGAUAUUGUGCUGCACUUUGUAUGGGCCUCAAGUCAAGUCACAACUGUCCCUACACACACAUAUACACAUUCAUGCACACACACACACAAAUGCUCACACACAUUGUCCUCCGCUCAUCCGUAACCGAUACCCUAUAUUGUGGUUCCCUCUUGACUGUCACUCCAUCUGUUGGAGAAUUGAAAAAACAAAAUAUUCAGCUGUGGCUGGAAAUCAUAGCCCAGACCUACUCUGUCAUAUAGCUGUUUUAUUUGAUUCUUGUUUGUUUUGCUUUUUCAAGUGCUUUGAGAUUCUUUAUGUAAUGAAAAGAGAAUAAUUAUUAUAUUCCCCCUAGGUUCCCAUGACUCCUUCAGUUUCUAUAUAGACGAGUCCUCUCCAGUGGGUCCUGAGCAGACUGACGCCGUCCAGAACUUUGUGUCCGUCUUCGGCACGGUGGCCAAGAAGCUGAUGCGUAAAUGGCUGGCCACUCAGACUAUGAACUUCUCCAGCCAGCUGGAGGCCGGCGUCCGCUUCUUUGACCUGCGUAUCUCCACCAAGCCCCGGGACCCAGACAACGAGCUCUUCUUCGCUCACGGUCUCUUCAGCGCCACGGUGAAUAUAAUUAUUUCCUACGACUUUAUUUCACCCCAUGGAACCUCAGGUGUUUUUCCUGACCACCUGACCUGACCAGAAAGAAAACUCUGGGCCCUAGUUAUUGUCUAUACAGGUCAAGAGGUCAGGAAAAACUCUGGACCUUAUUCAGUGGGUACAGUAUGACUGGUCUGACACUAUCUCUGCUCCCCUGUGGGGUAUGUGUUGUGCUUCCAGGUGAGAGAAGGCCUGGAGCAGAUCAGCUCCUUCCUGUCAGCCCAUGCCAGAGAGGUCGUGUUCCUGGACUUUAACCACUUCUACGGGGUUCAGAACCUGCACCAUGAGAAGUUGGUCUCAAUGCUGAGAGACGUGUUCGGGGAGAAACUCUGCCCCGUCGUCUUCGCUCAGGAGGUAAGAUACUCUACUGUACAAACUAACACCUUCAAUCUCUGUGCUCCCUCAAGAGUAUAUGGUGUCCACCUUGGUUCCACAGCCCUAUGGCCCUGGAAGUUCCUAAAGACAAAACCCCUCCCUCCACUCCUCCCUCUCUCUAGGUGAGUCUCCAGUACCUGUGGGAGAAAGAGUACCAGGUCUUGGUGUUCUACCACAGUCCUAUGGCCCUGGAAGUGCCAUUUCUAUGGCCUGGUCAGAUGAUGCCUGCUCCCUGGGCCAACACCACUGACCCUGAAAAGCUGAUCCAGUUCCUCCAGGCCUCUGUGGCUGACCGCAGGUCUGUCUGGCCCUGUAUCUUUCACCUAUCUGUCUUUUCCUGGAAAGUGUGUUAAACCUUUAGGAAAAGCACUUGCAGAUGUAGGCUCUUAAUUUGAUCACCCUGUUGCAGGAGAACAUUACUGCAAUGCAGGAAAUGUAAAACUUGUAGUGUAUUUGAGGUUUAAAAAGGCUUCUGAAAUGUCAGACUUGAUUUUCCUUUACAAAAAAAUGUAUCAACCCCUACAAAAAUGUCUAUGAAUUAAAAUCCACAUAAUAAUUCACAUUUCCUGUUGCUGCAGGAUGAUCUUCCUGAUGUAGAAAACUGGCUGAAAUUAAGAUCCUACUUGCAUCUUUAAUUGUGCCUGUAUAGUAAAGUUUGAUGUGAUUUCUGUAAUGGCAGGAGGAAGGGAACAUUCUUCGUCUCCCAAGUGGUCCUCACACCUAAGGCCAGCACCGUCAUGAAAGGAGUAGCCAGCGGACUGAGGGAGACCAUUACAGAAAGGUGAGUUGGUUUGUUUUUCUCUCAGUCUGUGUUUGUGUGUGUGUGUGUAUGUGUGCGGUUAUAAAGCAAAUUUGUGAGGUAUUUCAUGUUCAACGCGAGAGAGAAAUUGAGAUGAGAAAUAACACACACACACACACUAUGAGUCACUGUGGCAAAAGGUAUAUGUAUCUUCAGGAAUAUGACUCGGCCUCACUUGCCCCAUGAUGACAACGCUGUAGUGUUCGCUGCGUUUUCCUCCCUGUUUCUUUCUUCUCUUUUUUCCCUCUAUAUCCUCUAUUUUCCUCCAUCCUUCCCAUUUCAUUGCUUGGAGAUGAAAUAUUCAAUAUUUUGUUCAAUAACCAUGCUGACUUGUAUAAUAUAAUAUUUUCAUCAAUUGCGAACUAAUUCCAAUUGAUCUCAAGAAGAACAUUGCACAUUGUUCAAUCGACUGUAAACCCAUUCAAAUCCAGGACUGUAGGAUUGUAACUAGUCUGACAUAGCUUUGCCACAGCAGACACCAGCUAUACAGAUGUAGGAUCUGAAUUUGAUCACGCUGUUGCAGGAGAACUUUCCUGCAAUGGCAGAAAUGUAAAACUUGUAUUGUAUUUGAGGUUUAAAAAGGCUUCUGAAGUUUGUAGUUUUCACUUUUCCCUUACGAAAAAUGUAUCAACCCCUACAUAUAUUUCCAUUAAUUAUAAUCCACAUAAUUAUUCACAUUUCCUGUUGCUGCAGGAUAAUUUUCCUGCUGUAGCAAACUGGCUCAAAUUAAGAUCCUACAUCUGUACAGAGUAUAUAAUAAUAUCUCGCCACCCACUUGAUUGCACCCAGCAGUCUGUCAGACAGCGCAGACAGCCCUUAUCAUGCUGACUCAUACUGGCCCUUAACAGGUCUAGCUGCUCGCCAGCCAGCUCACUGUUACACCAGCCAACUGUGACUCAUCAAACAGUACAUACCCCUCUCUCUCUCUCUGUCGCUCUGUCUCUCUCUCGCUCUGUCACUCUCUCUCACUCUGUCUCCUUUUCCUUAGCCCCAUCCUAUUCACCGGCUAUGCAUAACACUUAUAAUGCACAAAAUACAAAAAUACAGAGAUGCAACUGUGUGUGUGUACAUGUACUCCCCUGCAGGGCUCUUCCAAGUAUGAUGCUGUGGAUCCGGGCCCAGAGGCCAGGAGAAAGCGGCAUCAACAUCAUCACAGCUGACUUCGUGGAGCUGGGAGACUUCAUCAGCGCUGUCAUUACGCUCAACUACCAUAUGGAUGAGGAGGAGGAAAACGCCACCUGAGACUGAUAGACAGGGGGUGCCAGAGAGUUAAGUCCUCAGCUCAGUCUCACUUUCUCUUUGGUGUUCAUUUUCAGGAGAGGCGUCCCUCUGACUUAUAUAGGGCUAUCAGAGUUUACAGAGGAAGGGAGAGAGGGAGGGAGAGAGAG